AUGAACUCCAAGACACUCCUCAGCGUGCUGGCUUGUCUCAGCGUCGGUGUUUCUGCCGGACCCUGCAAGCCAGUUACUUCUCAAGCUACUCAGGUCACCUCUGCAACGACCGAACUGUCUACGUCGAUUGACCUUACCACCACCAUCUCUGCCUCCGAUGUCGCUUCUACAACUGAGCUGAGCUCUCUGACAACUGAGGACUCUACUACCGAGAUUGCAACGACGACUACCGCUGCUGAUACUACCACGGAGGCCCCCACCACAACCACCGAGGAAGCAACAACAACAACAACCGGUGCAGCACAAUGUCCUACCCCCUCUGCUUGCAACAACCUCGGCUUUGACUGGGCAUACUACAGCAACCCUGCUCAAAACACCGACACGACCUACUCCAGCUUCGUGCCCCAAUCCUUCAAGCAGGUCAACCCCAUUUACGUCGGCACGACCCGCCAAAUCGGUGGCCUCUUCCAGCCCAGCAACGCCGCCCAGUCAGCCCCCAUCUAUGGCUCGACACAAGAUCUCGCUCUCGACUACUUCGCUCUUAACCAUCACGGUUAUCUGUAUAGUUGCGACGCUGGUACCUACAAGUUCGACAUUCCUUACGCUAACGACGCCGUGUACCUGUGGAUUGGCGCAAAGGCGUACGCUGGUUGGAACUCUGGUAAUGCUGACGCCAAGGCUCUGUAUAACCAGCCCGACCAUAUCGCUGGUAGCGCACACUUUGAGAUUGAUCUCCCUGCUGGCGUAUACAUUCCCAUUCGAUUCGUCUAUGGUCAGGCUCAGUAUGGCGGUGGCUUCACCUUCACGGUCACAGCCCCCAAUGGACAGGUUCUUGUCGGUAAUGAUGUUACUGCCAGUCCAUAUGUUGUGCGCAACUCUUGCGAUGGCAUUCUAGCGCCUGCUUAUCCGCCUUUUGGCCAGGAGAUUUAA